UUCCCAAAAUUCAGUUGUCACUCGUGAGUUGUAGGGUUUCCUGUGUCUUCAGCUCACCCGAAGUUUCCGGAGUUACGUACGUAUAUCGUUUAUUACCAUUGAGGCGAUCCCCAAAGCAUAAAGUGGUAGACAGAGACAGUAUGCGAUCAAAAGAUCGAGAGCCUCGUGCCUUCUUCUAUCUACCUUCGUAGGUUCAUCACCAACUUCGAUCUCCGAAUUGUCAUCCAUAAUUGCAGCACCAGGGUGCUUAUUCAUCGAGAAAGGUUGCUGAUUUCCUGUUACACUGUGGAGCAGAAGGUUUGUUACUUAGUAACUUGAUAAUAGAUGACUUGGGAGUUAUGAGCUCAUCUUUUGAACAUUGUGCCAAUGGUUGUGAUAUAUGUAAUAAACAGGUGCAAGAGAAAUUGCUUUGUUUGAGAGGGUAAGAUGCCAUCUAAUUAUUUCUCCAGUCUAGGCACUGCAUUCAAGCGGGAAGUCCAGAGGUCGAUUGCAGGGAAAGAAGGUGUGCUCCAAGACUCAGUCAGAGUUCUUGUUGGCCAGGGAAAACUGUUUUUUGGCAGCACUAGGUUUUUCCAUUCCUCGCCAUUUUCAUCAUUUAGCGAUCUCCAUGUGCUUUUACGACCUGGAACUGUUGCUGCACAAUCAAAUUUGCAUUUAGUAAAUCGAAGGAAAAAUCUUUCAGUUGUUGGAGCACUUUCGCGCACGUUUUCUAUUCCGUCUGUGUCAGGGCCUUCAUUUCAGGUUUGUGGGUAUCACGUUGAUCGCCUACUAUCUGAAUCCAACCACUUUCCUUUGGGCAUAAAGUUUCAGAAGAUGCCAAUGGCAAUUUGUGGUUCUAGGGCUGUAUUUGGCCACUGUUUAUUGAAUAAUUUAACUUCAAAGCUUGGGCAUCUCACAGUGUCAACAAGUAACGCUGCUACGUUUUACAGCAAUAAAAGUUUCGACAGCUGCCAAAAAGCCUGCAUGAGUUUGAGAAAUAAGGAACAAUCCAACAGUUUAUUUCUCUAUGGAUAUUUCAUAUAUAAUGUCACGAAAAGGAGUGGCAACUCUAUUCCAUACUUGGGGUUCAGAUUGAAGGGCUUCCACAGCUCAUCACCUGCAAGUUCCUCUGCCAGGACUGCAGCUGAUGUGUCCUUUGACAACUCUGGAUGUGAGGAACAACUUGCAAGUGCUGCAGUUGCUUCAGAACAGAAGGACCUAGCAGAAAGAACACUGAAGUUAAUUUCAGGGUCAUUUUACUUGCCUCAUCCUGACAAAGAAGAAACUGGUGGGGAGGAUGCCCACUUUAUAUGUGCAGAUGAACAAGCAAUCGGCAUAGCAGAUGGUGUUGGGGGUUGGGCUGAUCUGGGUGUUGAUGCGGGACAAUUUGCUCGAGAACUCAUGUCUCAUUCAGUAGAUGCAAUUCAAGAGGAGCCUAAAGGCUCUAUUGACCCCGCCAAGGUCUUGGAGAAGGCUCAUUCAAGCACGAAAGCCAAAGGGUCCUCAACUGCUUGUAUCAUUGCACUCACAGAGCAGGAUCUGCAUGCCAUUAAUUUAGGAGACAGUGGGUUUAUAGUGGUUAGAGAUGGAUGCACCAUUUUCCGAUCCCCUGUGCAGCAGCAUGAUUUUAACUUCACAUACCAAUUGGAGAGCGGAAAUGGCGGUGAUUUACCUAGCACUGGUCAGGUCUUUACAAUUCCUGUUGCUCCAGGAGAUGUUGUAAUUGCUGGCACUGAUGGACUCUUUGACAAUUUGUACAACAAUGAGGUUAAUGCAGUGGUGGUUCAUGCCAUGAGAGCUGGCUUGGGGCCCCAGGUUACAGCUCAGAAGAUAGCAGCGCUGGCUCGCCAACGAGCCCAGGAUAAGAACCGUCAGACUCCUUUCUCCACAGCUGCCCAAGAUGCUGGAUUCCGUUAUUAUGGCGGCAAGCUUGAUGACAUCACCGUCGUCGUUUCCUAUAUUACCAGCAGCAGAAAUGAGUCUUCUCCUUCAGUUUGCGAGUCUGGUUAGAGACUCUGCCAGGUUUCUUGGCUUGAAUCAUCAAUCUGGUUGGCGUGUUCUGGUCUGAUGCUUAUAUGUGAUGAAGUUUAACCAGUCACCAUUUUUGUCUUUCUUUUGCUAAUGAUCCUCGUGUACUCUGCACUCUUGAACUACUACUACUGUACAUAAAUAGAUGUCAAUGUAUUCUAGGCAUUUUUGCAAGGAUGGGGUUUUAAGGUUUUGGGAACGGGGGUAGAUUCUUGUUGCCAACUAAUUUGACAGUGUUGUAAGAAACUCCUUAUGUAAAUUACUAGUAUGAAACCUAGGACAUGUUGUGUUUGGUGGACACAUUGAAAAU